AUGGCUUCCGACGAAGACAAACUACGAGCCAAAGUGGCCAACCUUCACGCAUCCCUCGAUGAGCUCGAGACUCAGCUCGAACCUCUAUUUACCAAGAGCCUUCCCGAGACCCUUGUGGCCCUCGAAACCAUCCAGCAGGCCAAAUUACAAGUGAUUCUACCGUAUGUGCUAUACGAUCUUGUAUUCGUAUACCUGAAAACACGAGGAAUCGAUCCCAGGACCCACCCUGUCAUCGGUGAAUUGGACCGCAUUCGCCAAUACUUUGACAAAAUCAAAAGCGCAGAAGAAUCCGAAGAGAAAAGCAAGUUUGGUAUUGAUAAAGCUGCUGCUGGCAGGUUUAUUAAACACGCCAUCGCCCAAGCAAAGCUUGUAAAAGUUGACGAAUCAAAUAAUGCGUCAAAUGGACCUGCUUCUAGCAGCGAGCGUGUUCCAGUCAAAAUUACCAGCAAAAUGGCGGAGCGUGCAGAGUACGAGAAGAACCUGGAGGAAUUGGGUAGUGAAGAAGAAGAGGACCUCGAAGUAUUCGAUGAGGCUGAGGUGUUGCACGACGAGGAUGCCAUGGAAGAAGAAGCAUUGCCGCUGCCAUCCCAGGACAAGGGUAAAUCGCGGAUGGUUGAAACUGAAAUCUCAGAACGCGAAGAACAACUGGGCAGGCGCAAGCGACAACGGAUAGAUCCUUUUGCAGGUAGUCUUGGCCAGACACUUUCAUCGUCUCGCCAGAGCUCACCCAUUCACAGGAUACGGGGAUGA